CCUACCUACGACCCAUGCCGAUGGCAUCUCCUAGUACAGACCCGCCUUACCAUCCAGCUGAGCUCAGAUUGACCCGGUGUAUCGAUUCCCUUACCAAUCCCUCAAAUUCAGAUCGUCGCUGUACAGCCUGUUCUAAGUAAAGAUACCUCGGUCUCGUUUUAGCAACGAGAUAGUAUCAACGCCUGUCUUCCAUAGUCAACAAGAUGGGUUAAAAGGGGAGCUUGAUCCCGUUGGGAAUCAAACUUCAUCCAAGCAGACAACCACAAGCAACAACACAGAACCUUGAAACCUCAUCAAAUCUCCAGCACCAAAAUCUCGAACUCUUAAACUCCCAAACUUCAGAGCUCCUUCAUCUAUCAAAAUGCUUUUCACCAAGAUCUUCCUCUCUCUCGCCCUCGCCGGCGCCUCCGUCUCCGCGCUUCCCGUCGAAGAGAACGGCGCUUCUGUCGAGCUCGAGACCCGCGCCACCGAUGUCACCUGCACCCCUAAGAACAACCAGUCUCCCACGAAAUCGUUUAAGGUCAGCAUGAGCUAUGCUACCGAGCAGGCCAAGAAGGCCGGCUUCGCUAAGGGCAAGAGCGGCGACCCUCACAACUACGGCAACGGCGACAAGAUCCAGUGGGGUGUCAAGGGUUGCAACACCAAGAAUGCCCAGCUGUGGGAGUACCCCAUCUACUGGGAUGGCAAGACGGAAUGGCAGAAGGACGGCCAGUCUAGCGGCCAGUCUAAGACACCCCUCCGCGUUGUCUAUAUCAUGGACAACGGUACCCACGACAAGAGGCCCAAGGUCUGCGGUGUCAUGACGCACUCCGAGGUCGACAAGGACUACCAGGGCAAGGACUUCUUCCAGAAGUGCACUUAAGCGGCAUAUUCCUAGAAUCGCCGUGAUCGCCUGGUCAUGGCCGGAUAUUAGACAUUGGGAACCUUCAUUGGUACAACAAAGAGUCCCUACACCUUGCUAGGACCACGUAUAUACUUUUCUUCAGAUUUUCGUGUUAUUUAGAUCAU